AUGAUAGGAUGCGUGUCUAUCCAACACCUUCCAACUCAUAGACACCACUCUGACUUCCCUGGGCACGCUCAACAGGACAUUGACGAUGCCAAGAACCUCAGCAUAAAUGCCUUUGUCCUCGAGCUCAGUGAUGCCGCUCUUGACAUGGUGACGGGGUCGCCGGACCACCUCUUCACCCACCCUGGGUUCUUCAACGGCUCCGACGACUACCAGUGGACCUGGGGCAAGGACAAGGCCAGCUCGUCCUACUACAAGGUGGACGGCAAGGCCCUGAUCAGCACCUUCUCUUCCGGCGGCUUCGAUAGUGACCGGUGA